GUGACAUUUCUACAUGGUGCGUUACAUUUAGGAUUAGCGUAGUGAGAAAUGACAUCUGAAUUGAACAAUUGUUCAGCUGAUGAAUAUAAAUAUGCAUUUAAACAAUUUUAUCAUACAGCUUCAUCAUGUGGAUUUGGUAUUCAUACAUAUUCUAUUCCCAGUUUAAUCAACAUCCGAAAUUGUUCCCAAAAUAAAGAUGAAUUACGUUGUCGAAUUUAUUUCAUUUCUUUUCCUUUGGAAAUUUUCGAUUCUGGCACUAAACCUACAUUAUUUUGUGCUGAUAUUAUUCAACCGUAUUCACAUGAUGAUAAUAAUAAUGAUAACCAACUGAUUUGGUAUCCAUUACUUCCUGAUGAACUUAUUGAAUACAGAAAUUCACUUUCUUUAGCUGAUUUCCUACUACAUGAACGUAUGCGUAUCUCAGCAUCUAGCAUAACUAACUAUUGUCUAUCUGAUUCUGGUAAACUUAUUAUUUGUGCAUCAAGUCAAAUUUAUACUGCUCAGGAUAAAAGUUGUAUUGGGGAACAACCUAACUUACUAGAGCCAAUUGAAGCACCAUUAACAAGUGCAAUUCAACCAAUUGUUUGUCCAAUAAAUUCACAAUUUGCUGUUUGUUUAUCAAAUGACAAUAUAGUGAUUGGUUAUAUACCGACGAAUACAUGGAUAAGUGUUACAAACUAUGAAAGUAAUAGCGGCUUAUCUGCAGGUAUUCCACCUUUUGUGAUUCAAGAAGAAUUCAAUCGAUAUAUUGGUUACUGGUGGAGACCGACAAUGAGUAAAGAUUGUUACCAAUUAUUAUAUGAAGAAGUUGAUGAACGUAAUGUAUGUAUAACAAAAUUAUUUCAUGGGGAAUAUGGAGGUGUUUGGGAAAAUCAACGUUAUCCAACUGCAGGUAGUGAGAAUGCGUCAAGUAAUUUGAAAAUCUGUCAAUUUCACCUGGAUUCAUUGGGUAAAAUAUCCAACAUACAGACUCUUUCACUUCCUUCCCCUUUAAGACAAUAUCUACCAAACUUUGAAUAUCUUGUUCGUGCUGGUUGGACACCAGAUGGUAACUAUGUUUGGUGUCAAUUGAUUACGCGUUUACAACAGCGUCUUUCAUUAAUUUUAAUUCCAAUCGAUAAUUUUUGUUCCAUUACAACUAUUCUUGUCAAUAAUCAAUAUUCAGUUGGAAUAUCAUCAUCAUCAUCAUCAUCAUCAUCAUCAUCAUCAUCAUCAUCAUCGGUUUUAUCGAUUUCACCGUGUAUUGAAUUAUUAAGUGAAGAAGAGCCAAAAUUUUGGAUCAAGGUUCAUGAUUUUCUGAACUUCUUAAAGCAUUCCUGGUGUCCCAUGCCGAUGAAUUAUUCAUCAUCUACUACUACUACUACUACUACUACUACUACUACUACUACUACUAAUAAUAAUAAUAAUAAUAAUAAUAAUAAUAAUAAUAAUAAUAAUAAUAAAAGUCUUCCAGGGAAUCAUUGCACUUUCAUAUGGGCUUCUCAUAGAUCAGGUUUUAUGCAUUUGUAUCUUAUACAGUGUUCCUGGCCUAGGCAUGAUAUAACAACGAUUGGUGAUAAUACUGAUCAUACUGUUACUACUGUAACCAUUACAAAAGAGUCAGCUGUACUUAUCAAAGCUAAACAAGAUUUUAUUACUCCAUUGACUACUGGUCACUGGGAGGUUACAGGAGAUCAGAUUUGGAUUGAUGAAGAUAAUCAGUUAGUUUAUUUUGAAGCAAAUAAAGAACAUCCACUUCUAAGACAUGUGUAUUGUGUAAGUUAUAGAGAAACAGAUUGCAGUCGAUUGAGCUGUUUAACAUCUAACCUUUUUAACAUUGGUGAUUACACUGAAACAAUGAAAACUGUUGAAGAUGUCAAUAUGCUAUCAGAAUCAUCUUUAUCUAUAAAUAUUAAUGAAGAGAAUAUUUUAGAUCCACACUUUCGUGAUGCAUAUUUACGCUUAAAACCAUAUCCUUUAUCAUAUGAAAUAGUUGGAAUGAAUAUACAGUGUGGUAUAAUUGUAAUUGAAUCGAGUAGCCUAGAUCAACUUGUCGGUGUUCAAGUCUGUCGUAUGAUUAUCUCAACUAAUGAAAAUGAAAUGAAUCAAUCUGUUCUACAUCAUCAACCAAUUCUUCAACAUAUUGGAUGGCUUCGUAAACAUGUAUCGCAUUAUCAUGCUUUCAAUAGUUUUCAUCCACCCAAUCCACCAAUGAUACUUCGAUGUGAUAUAUUCAGUAAUCUAGAUGUUAAUAAUUUGAAGGAUAAUACAACACUGAAACAAGAUGCCUUAUCAACGUAUAUUGAGUUCAAUAAUCCACAGUCAAUUCUUUAUGGACAAUUAUUUCUACCAAAUUAUAAUCAUAGUCGACAUAUGAAUGGUGGUUAUCCUACCGUACACUUUGUUUACGGUGGUCCUGGUAUUCAACUUGUUCGUGGUAGUUAUUCGAAAUCGAUAUUUUCUCAUGCUCAACUAUUUUGUCAUUAUGGUUAUGCAGUUUUGUUGUGUGAUUGUCGUGGGUCAGCUAAUCGAGGUAUUCAAUUUGAUGGUCAUAUUAAAAAUCGACUAGGUCAAGUUGAACUUGAUGAUCAUGUGGCAUUUUUGAGAUAUGCUGCUAAAGCUACUGGUCUUAUUGACCUUUCACGUGUAGCUAUCAUGGGUUAUUCUUUCGGUGGUUAUAUGUCUCUAAUGGCUGCUAUGCGUUAUCAUCAUGUGUAUAGAGCAGCUAUAGCUAUUUCACCAGUUGUUCAUUGGAUAUUGUAUGAUUCAGCGUAUACUGAGAGAUAUAUUGGUAUGCCUCAAGAUAAUCCAGAUGCCUAUCGGAAAGGUAAUGUAAUGGAGUAUAUUUCAAAUAUGCCAUCGAAUGAAUAUCGUCUGUACAUAUUUCAUGGUGGUCAAGAUGAGAAUGUACACUUUGUACAUACUUCUUUGUUGAUUGAAAAACUCAAAGCAUCUGGUAAACCGUAUCAUUUUCAGUAUUAUCCUGAUUCUCGACAUCGUUUAAAACAUCAAUGUCAUGUAGAAGCAACAGUUUUAACAUUUCUUGAAUAUACACUGACCACUUCAGCAAGUGAUAGAUUGGAAUGAGUGAAUCAGUGUGUAAAUGUGUGUGUGUGUGUGUGUGUGU